AUGAAACCUACGGGUAUCCAGCAUCGUCCAAGACCGUUCAUUGCCCAAAAGCUGCAGGCAGUAGUUACUGCCCAGGCUACAGGCGUGCGCGAGGCUGCCCGGGAGCUCGGAUACGCGGAGCGCAGCGUACGACUGUGGGUGCAGGAGCAGUCGAAGCUGGCUUCCUUCGAAGGCUCGAAGACACGAAAGAAGAACACCGGUAACCGUGGUGCGAAACCGAUCCUCCGGGCUGCUCAUGCGCUGGUGACGUACACGAAGGACCUUCGACGCCACGAGCUCGCCGUCACACAUUAA